AUGAAAUAUGCUAACACGAAGGAAAGGAAAUAUUCAUUAAGAGUAGGAGUUGCAGGAACUCAACGCAACAAAUUAGCGAUGGAAAACUCUGAAGGAAUCAAGGCAAUAUCUUUGUUGAUGAGGGUUUACUUUCAAGAAGAUACAGAAGAAAGGAGACGAAAAACAGAAAGAAAUGACCCUGAGCCUAAUUAG